AACAUAAAACCGGCCCAUAUGGAAAAAGACGGUAACUUUGCUGCGUAAACUGGCUUUUUGAAAACGCAAAAACUCGCCGCGCAGUCGUAUACUGUAACAUCUUCAUCUCCGCAAUAAUGAAGGACAACAAAAUGGAUUCAGUAAGAUCGGUAGUAUUCAAAGAAUCAGAAAAUCUAGAAGGUUCUUCCAUUAUAAUCGAGGGAUACGACUUCAAUAAUGGCGUUAAUUAUCCUCAGCUUUUCAAGUCCAUGCUUUCCACUGGUUUCCAAGCUUCUAAUCUUGGUGACGCUAUUCAAAUUGUUAAUCAAAUGCUAGAUUGGAGGCUUUCACAUGAGGUUCCUACUGAGGAUUGCAGUGAAGAAGAAAGUGAUGCUGCAUACAGAGAGUCUGUUACGUGCAAAGUCUUUUUGGGGUUCACAUCAAACCUUGUUUCUUCUGGUGUCAGAGAUACCAUCCGUUACCUUGUUCAGCACCGUAUGGUUGAUGUUGUGGUUACCACAGCUGGUGGUAUUGAGGAGGAUCUCAUAAAAUGUCUAGCACCAACCUACAAAGGGGACUUUUCCUUACCUGGAGCUGCUCUACGCUCGAAAGGAUUGAACCGCAUUGGUAACUUAUUGGUUCCUAACGAUAACUACUGCAAAUUUGAGAAUUGGAUCAUCCCAAUUUUUGACCAAAUGUACGAGGAGCAGAUUAAAGAGAAGGUUCUAUGGACACCGUCUAAAGUCAUUGCUCGCCUGGGUAAAGAAAUUAAUGAUGAGACCUCAUACUUGUAUUGGGCUUAUAAGAACCAGAUUCCUGUCUUCUGUCCUGGCUUAACUGAUGGAUCACUAGGUGACAUGCUAUACUUCCAUUCUUUCAAAAAGGGAGAUCCAGAUAAUCCAGAUCUUAAUCCUGGUCUAAUCAUUGACAUUGUGGGAGAUAUCAGGGCAAUGAAUGGUGAAGCUGUUCAUGCUGGCUCAAGAAAGACAGGAAUGAUUAUACUGGGUGGAGGGCUUCCUAAGCAUCAUGUUUGCAAUGCCAAUAUGAUGCGCAAUGGUGCAGAUUUUGCGGUCUACAUCAACACGGCACAAGAGUUUGAUGGUAGUGAUUCUGGUGCUCAUCCUGAUGAAGCUGUAUCAUGGGGAAAAAUACGUGGUGGUGCCAAGACCGUGAAGGUACACUGUGAUGCAACAAUUGCAUUUCCCAUAUUAGUAGCUGAGACAUUUGCAGCUAAGAGAAAGGAAUUCUCCCAGAUAAGGUGCCAAGUUUGAAAAUUGAGGAAGCAAUACUUUCAUCACAUAUAUAACUUUUGAAGCGAACAUGUUAUCGUGCAGCACCAUGUAUUCUGCAAACUGACUAGAGAGAGUUGGUAUGUUCAUGUACGCUGAAUUAGAGAUCCUGUAUGGUUCAAAUAAAUUAUUUUUGCCCCCUUCCCUCCAUGUUAUUUGGGGGGGAGCCAUAUUUAGUUCUCUCCAUGGUUUUAAGUGGAGAGAUCAGAUGUGCAUAGGUUUUGAAUCAUGUUGUAUCAAAGAUUGAGUUUAGACAUUGGUGAUAACUGGUAAGUCCUUUUACCAAAUAGAUGAUCCUUGUAAUAUGAGAUUUAAAGAGAUAUUGAUUACUGACACAGAUUUCUUUUUACUCUG